GCUGUGUCUUGACAUGAUCAACAUAAUUGAUGGCGAUAAGAAAAGUUUGUAGAGGAAAGGUCUAUGAUGUAUAUAAGGCGACGAAAUUUUGGCAAAAGUGCGGAGUACACUUCGAUCAACACGAGUGGAAUACAAGUGAACACAAGAUGAAAGUUACUCUGCUAGCUGUGGUGACACUCACUGCAGUGACCCUCGCCGUGGUGGAUGCCGUCGACCCUGAAUGCCUUUACCGGAAGAUACGCAACCUCUCGACCCAUUGGCCGAAUCCUUCAAGUUGCUCCAGCUUCUACCGCUGCUCCUCGAAAAACGUAGUGCGUCGGGUUAGCUGCCCGGAGGGUAAGGAAUACAAUCCUAAGACCGGAAAGUGCGCCAAUGCCGGACGUGGUCUCUGCAAGCUGAGCCUGGUGGCUCCUCUGGCCGAGACAACCAAUGUUUGCGCCGAUGAGGUAACCGGUGCCUAUUUGGCCAAUACUGAAAACUGCGCCGACUUCUACAUCUGUGACGAGCAGAAGGCCUACGCCCAGAGAUGUCCUCUCGGCAGCCUCUUCAACAACACGGCCAGCGCCUGUGUGCCGGAUACUGCCAGGACCUGCUGGAGCAAUUUCUGCAUUGACAAGCAAGACGGUGAUGCUGUAGCCGACGCCUCUGACUGCACAAUCUUCUACCUGUGCUCUGACGGCGCUGCCACCCUACAGAAGUGUCCAGAAGGCAGCCGUAUCGAUGUGAACGGCUGGCUCUGUGUACCUGGCACAUGCGAGGACUCUACCACUGAACCUUGCGAGGACUCUACCACUACCACCCCGGAACCCUGCGAAGAGGAGACCACCACUCCAGAACCCUGCGAAGAGGAAACCACCACCGAAAUUCCAGAGGGUUGUGAUUGCGAGAAUGCCAAGAACGGAGAGCUGGCUCCCAACCCGGACAACUGCCGUGGAUUUUUAAACUGCCUUAACGGCGUUCUAGAGGAGGGUGGCGACUGUGGAUCUGGCAACCGAUUCGAUGCCAAUUUGAGAGUGUGUGUCCCCGACCCGGACAACGAAUGCUGUGUGUCUUCUGCCUGUACCAAUGGCGAUGUAAGGGUGGAUCCUCAAGACUGCACCAAGUUCGACAAGUGCGAGUAUGGCGAGUGGGUGUCCAAUUGCUGCUCCUCCGGCGAAUACUUUAAUGGUAAAGAAUGCGUGAUUGAUACUGAGAAUGUGUGUAUAGACGGAAGCACUACAAUCGCAUCAAGCACGUCAACCACAGAAAUCCCAACGACUUCAACGAGCUUGUCGGAACCAACAACCUCAGCAACCCUUGUCGAGUGCAGUGCUCGUGAUCUUCCUAUCAGUGGCAACAACUGCUGGAGCUACUCGGCCUGCAUAAAUGGACAGUGGCAGAAGGAGACAUGCUCUCAGGACUACUACUUCGAUGCCGCCACAGGCAUUUGCCGUCAGGAUACCGCCAACGUUUGCCCCGAGAAUAAAUCGAGCGGAUCGAAAUCCGCAUCCCGCCAGAAGCGUAGCUUGACCUGCGAGGGUGGAAUUCAACAAGGCGCCAUCGUUUGCCAUCCCACCGACUGUGAUAAGUAUCAGAUUUGCGAGAACGGCGAGCUCGUGGAGGGCAGCUGCGGCGUCGGUAAUAUCCUUAUAGGAGGAGUCUGCUCCCCCGACACGACUGGAACCUGCUGGCCCUGUGCCAACAAACCCAAUGGCUACCAGAUGCCCGAUGCUACCGAUUGCACAAGCUACAUCACUUGCUGGAAUGGCUUGGCCACUGAGAAAUCCUGCGGCUCCGGACAGUGGUACAGCACUGUCAGGGAACAGUGCGAAGUGGAUGUUACUGGCGCGUGCAUAAAUCCGUGCACCUGCAGCACUGGCAACGUGGCUCAUCCGAUCUGCACCAAGUACUACCAAUGCACCGACGGAGUGCCCACUGUUCUGGAGUGCCCCACGGGUGAGGGCUUCGACGCUGAGACCGCCCAGUGCUCAUCCACAGUGCAAUGUUCUGCUGAGCUAUGCGCUAGCGCUGCUGAUGGUACCACAUAUCCCGUGGAAGGUGACACCAGCAAGUUCUAUGUCUGCAACAACAAUCAGGCAACCAUUGUGGUCUGCCCAUCCGAUUCCGCCUAUGAGGCUACGCUAGGAAUUUGCAAAAUCCAACCCAGCACGAACUGUGAUCAGUGCAUCUGCGAGGAAGCCGCUGAGGACUAUGUCUAUCCCUCGCUGAGCAACGACACCUCCACCUUCUGCACUUGUCAAGACGGCAAAGGAUACAUUGAAUCCUGUGACACUGGAUUGUUCUUCGACGCAGAUCUCGGAGCCUGCUCCUUCACCGGAAACUGCGAUCCCCGAAUUUGUGACUCGGCUACGGAGUAUAGCGUUUCCGAGGACUACGUAGAUUCGGAUAGCUUCUGUUUGUGCCGUGCCGGUGAACCAAUCUCCGUUCCCUGUCCCAUUGGAUACACUUUUGACAGCGAGGAUCUGCUGUGUACCCUUAUUCCGAUUCCCGAUCCCCGUUGCUGCUCCAAGGGGUGCCUGGGAAAACCCGAUUUCACAAACAUUCCGGCUGUAAAUACCGACGAAGGAUUCUGCGUCUGCGUGGAUGAAGUGCCACAAUUUGACGUCUGUCCCUCCAACACCGCGUUUGAUGCCUCAGUCGGUGCCUGCAUUAGCUCGAUUCAAACAUCCUGCACUCCGAAUGUCUGUGAUGCCAGCCAAUGUGAUGACGGUUUGGAAUACAAUACUUUCGCCGUUCCCAAUGACACUUCCUCAUACUGCUACUGCCUGAACUCUUGUCCUGUCGUGGCCCAGUGUACCGAGGGCUCGGAAUUCAAUCCCAAUUUGGGAAUCUGCCAAGUAGUGGUCGUUACUCCAAGUGAAUGCGAUGCGGAACAGUGCGAUACUUUGGACAAUUACAGUGUCUACCCGGCCAUCUGCGGAGUCGCAGGUUUCUGCGUAUGUGAAGAUGGUCUGCCCACCUAUGUGCCCUGCGAGGAGGGAACGGAGUUCAAUGCCAAACUCGGAGUGUGCAAAACUCCUCAGGAUGGCAAUGUCACAUGUGAGUGUAAUGUCGACAAGUGCGCCACUCUUGGCGACUUUGUUCCCUUCCCGACGAAUACCGGCGGCGACGAGAAUCCAAACUUCUGCAUCUGUGAAAACGGCGAUGUAUUCCUUGAAACCUGUGACGUGGAUAUGGUGUACGGCACUGAACAAGGUCGUUGCAUCGUCCUUGCAGCCUCUGAAUGCGUUUGUGAGCCGGGUAAAUGCUCCGCAGAUUUUUGGGUCUACCCUGCUUUAAACACCGACACGGGUUUCUGCAUGUGCCUGGACGAAACUCCAGUUUAUAAGGAAUGUAACGAGGGUCAGACUUUCAGCGCUGCAGUGGGCGCCUGUAUGGAUGUUACGACCCUUAUUAGUGCCACCAGUGCAUGCGAUUCCGUUCGAUGCCGCGACAGGACUCUAGGGGCGCAAGCUUUUGCUGCCACAAACACAACGAGUGGCUACUGCGCCUGCCAGGAUGUCGAUUCUGCUGUCUUCUUCCACUGUGAUGCCGGUAAACUCUUCGACAUCAGCAAGGGAAUUUGCACGCUCUCCGCCAUGAUUCAGUGCAACUUGCAGGAGUGCCAGAAACGUGCUCGCUAUGAGGCCUUCGCCUCUGCCAGCACCCGAACCGGAUUCUGCUCGUGCGACGAUGAGGAUCGCAUCAGCGUAACCUUCCAUCCGUGCUCUGUGGGUCAGUUGUUCGCCCCGGAACUGGGCUUGUGCAGCAGCUACCACGGCGUCCAAAAGCGCUCCGUCGAUGCUGAGGAAAACCUCUGCGAUCUGGACGAGAAGCGUCCUGUGGAAACCAAUUGCUCCCAGUACGAAGUAUGUAUAGACGGCCAAUGGAGACGACGCACUUGCUCCGACCAGCGUUACUAUAAUACGGAACAGCAACGCUGUCUGGAACCCCGAGACGACUUCGUGUGCUCUUUUGCUCGAGUCUCCAAUCUUCCACCAUGUAAUAAUGGCAGUGAGUCCCAGACGGUGGCUACCAAAAGUGGCAACUGCCAGCAGUACUUCCGUUGUUUUGGUGGCAAGUGGCGGCUGCGGAACUGCUCCAAGCAAUACUACUACUCUCCACAUGCUGGAACAUGCCUGCCGAUGCCGAAGGAGCAGGAACUGAUGCGAAAUCAGACUAUUUGCAGUUGGAUGAUGGAGAGGAAAUCUGUGAACCUUACGGAGGAGUGCCAACAGCUGGCAGUGCGCCCCUCCAUGGCUGGAGGUUGUCAGAGCUACCUGAUGUGCCUGGACAACGCCUGGUGGCUGCAUCAGUGUCCACUGGGCAUGUAUUUCAGCAGGGAGCACAACUACUGUCUGCCCAACGACAAGGGUCAGUGCUUGAUCAAGGACGAGAAAGCAAACUGUUCGGCCGGAGAUAAUCGUGCUCUGGUGGGCAGCUGCCAUAGCUAUGAGCUGUGCCAGGAGGAAAAAUGGAUCACAAAACGUUGCCAGGAGCGGGAGCAGUUUGAGCCACUGCUGGGCUGUAUUCCCAGUGAUGGGAGUUGCCAAGCGAACGGAAUGCGUCGCAUCUGCCGGGAGGGAGAACUGCGAUCCAAGACAGAGGAAGACAACUGCUCCCCCGGAUUCCUCUUUUGUGAAAAUGAGGAGUGGCAUCUGGGCAGCUGUCUGAAGGGUCAUAGCUAUGCCGGAAAGCAAAAAAGCUGCAUGAUGCAGUCCCAAUGUCAGGUUAAAAGACUUCUAUCGACGGAGAACAAGUGCCUGGGUCAGGCUGAUGGCUUGAGUGUCCCCGAUCCCACGGACUGCACUCAGUUCUAUUUGUGUCUCCAGCAAGAAGCCGCAAUGCUCCAGAGCUGCCCCUCUGGAAGCUUUUUUGAUUCGGAAUUGGGAUACUGCCGACCAAACGAUGGAAGUUGUCAGCUGCCCAUCUGCUCCAAUGUGGAGGACGGUAAGCUGGUAGCUCAUCCGGGGGACUGUCGUGCUUACUACAGUUGCUCCAGAAGGAACGGAACCUCUUUGAUUCGCUGCGAUGAGGGGCAGUACUUCCACAGCUUCCUUUCUAUCUGCCGCGUGGACCACGGACAGUGCAUGAAAGAGAUCAAUCAGAAUGACACUGACCAAGCUACCAGGAUGUGUUCCGGACUGCAUGGAGUUCGGGUUGCACAUGAACUGUACUGCAACUUGUACUAUGCCUGCGUUAAAGGACUCGCCAUCCCGGUGGAGUGUCCUGCCCAGCAUCAGUUCAAUCCAGUUCUCUCGCUCUGCGAACCGGAAUCCCAGGCCAUCGAGACCUGUCGGAAUGGCCAACUGGAGGCCAAUAGCAGUCAUGCCUACAGCUGCGGAAACCUGGCGGAUGGCACCUUUCUAGCCAAUCGUACCGACUGCACCAGAUACUUCAUUUGUGCCGGAGGAGUAGCCAUGGCUCAGCGAUGUGACGCUGGGAGGUACUUUGACUCGGAGCAACUGCUCUGCUUGGUGGACGACGGCUCUUGCCCCUUGGUGGAAUCAGUCGGCGACGAUGACGAACCCAACAACCAACAUGUGCCUCCAGAUCCGCUGGUCUGCGAGGGCAAGCAUGGUCACAUAAUGCCAGAUCCCGCCAAUUGCAAUAACUUCUAUAUAUGCGUUUCCGGAACCCUCCGCCACGAGCUUUGCUACACAAAUUACUUUUUCAACUCCACCCUCCAACAAUGUCAAGCCUAUGAGGUGAAUUCUGGCGGGGAUUCGACGACUGAGCAGCCAAUAGAGUCGCAGAGUGGCGAUCUAAGCGGUCAGGAAAAAGCAGGAUCCACAUCGGGCAUCUGUAAGGAUAAACCGACCACUUUUGACACCGUGUGUGGCAUCAUUGGCAGCAACUUUGUGGCGGAGCAGGGCGACUGUCGUCGUUACACCAGCUGCGAGGAUGAUGUGGCCAUUUCCCAGCGGUGUCGCAACGGCGAGAGCUUCGACAGUCUCCUGGGCAUCUGCCGGCAAAGUGACGGAACCUGUCUGAUGGAGAACGGAGAACGCGUCGGUGUGUGCACCGGAAAGCACGGCCAAUUGACGCGGGAUGCGGACAACUGCCGGGGAUACUUUGUGUGCGUCCAUGGGCAAAAGAUUGAGGGUCAGUGCACACAGGGUGAGUUCUUCAACCGAUUGACGAGCUCCUGUGAACCGGAUACUCUGCAGCAGUGCAAAACCGAAGGAGAUGACACGGUCGCCGUCGACAACAUCGGUUAGUUGUGAUCUCUCGGGUUACUGAGUAACGAUAUUAUCUACUUAAGACAAAAUAAUGGUGGUGGUAAGAAAUUAAUAAGAGAUUUAAAACUAAAAUCCUAUAAAAAAAAUAAAGACAACUCUUCAGACUAUUCAGAACUUCGAA